GAUAGGUCUGCAAGAUUAGAAAAUGGGGAGAGGAGCUGCAGAGGUGUGACACAAGGUUUGUUUAUGCGUGUGCUGGCAGCCAAAGCCAUAUCCAUGUGUGAUCUAUAUGUUUCGCUGCUCGUACUUACUACACAAAUCACACAACUCCCGAAGUUUGUAGCCACAGCGUUUCGCGAUGGCGUUCUGCAAGAGAGCAACUACGUUUGCACCAUCGCAAACGCAAAGAAGGUUCCAUGUUGUAAAAAGCACCUUGAUGUGGGUAUGACCCCGAAGGCAGCACAACUGCGCUCCAGCAUGAGCCAUUCGUUUUUAUCGAAGAGGAAUCUUUUUGGAUGCCUGCUUCGUUCCACUCUGUGUCUUCGUGUCUCGUCAGAAACGAAAAAGUGGCAAUCCGCGAUCCGCCGCGUCUUUCCUGCAGAAGAAGAGUCCAUUUUUUCCAAGAAAAUAGGAACCGAGGUAAUACGACAGGAUGCAGCGGCGCACUACACGAGCGAAGAAGAAGUGCGUUUAGCGUCGGGGGCGGAGUUUGCAGGUGUCCGAGACGAGACUACAUCAUCCGGAUCCGCUUCAUCUCACGACUCUUACGUGGAAGAGAAAAGGCACAGUACAACAUCAAGACUCUCGCAGACCGACGAGGUAGCUAGUAGUACGAGCUCGGUGCAGAACCAGAAGAUGGCACGGCAGCAUGGGAAAAGGCGGCGGCGCAAGCUCAGGACGACUGUAAAAGACGAAAAAGGCAUUACGCUGUAUUCGCAUUUAAUCCCCGGCUACGAGUUCAGCAUUCCGAAGCCGGACAACCUGACCGCGAACGAACAGGCAAUGUGUGACUUGUGCGAGCACUUCCACUGCUCCGGUGAAAGCAGAUGCCUGCACCGUGUGUCGCAGGUGAGUUCUGUUGUCGCACCCGGUACUAGUACUAGCAGCAGCCCCUGCCACUGCUACGCCAAGGACAACGCGGACACCACCGCAGUUGCGACCUGCGAGACCACAACGGCGUCUCACUACUACGACCGCGUAACCUGCACGGCAAAACCCGAAUGCGUGUGGUCUACCGAUAGCGAGUGUGUGGACUGGAUCUGCAAGCACUGGAACGUGUUUUUGUUUCCGGAAGUGUGCGCACCGACCCUUGACGUGGUAGCAGGGCUGAAGAACGUCUCUAGUACCACUAGCGCGGCGAUCCAAGGCACAGACGUCAUAGAUUGCGAGCGGUGUUCGAUUGCAAACAAGGAGGCAGAGACCACAAAUCAAGCGAGUUCUUUCAUAUCCACUGGCCAACAACGUCUCGUCCAUGGGGAAGAACUUCUACGAAAGGAGCAGGGUGAACUACAGAACACAACCUGUGCGACCCUCGCGUUUACAGCCAAGGACGACAGCGUAUUUUCGAAGGAAUCCUUUAACCAGUGUACCGCCCCGGAGUGCGUGCACGAACGGGAAAUCGUGUCGGCCGCAGGAAAAUGCAGAUCGCUUUCGACGUUGGCACGACCAAAUGCGUCCUCGAGUGGGUUCUCUUUCAGUAACAAUUCUUUCGAAACGUCGAUGCCGCUUUUCGCGAAAACGCACGUGAAUGGGGUUUUUGAAGUCGAAGGAACCCUCCACUUCAAGCCCUUCCUCUACACCAACUGGAGCUGGGGCGGCGUCCACGGUGUGCAGGGCAGCAUGGGCCUCUGGACGUUUCUCCCACCACUGCUCUGGGAUUUGUACGGUUCCUGGAUGUGGAGUACGAAUCAGACCGACCGGGUAAUAACGACACUAGUGUCCAACGAUAGUACACAUCAUACAACCACGCCGGGAUCCGCUUCUGGUGGGACUACAUCGCACAACAUCACCGCUUCCAGCUUUUCCGACGCCGAGAUGUUGGAGGUAUUUCUCCACGGGUCGAACAAAACAUCCGCCUUGGAUAACACGACGGUGCAGCUGGAGGGGCUGCAAAUGGCCCUGAUGAAGCCGUUGAUCGAAGCACUCGGGGGUAAGCUGACGGACAACAACGCGACGAACGCAACCUCGCACUACGCUUCCACCAAUUUUUUCAACCUAAAUUCCAGUGCGAACAACCACACCGAGGGGGUUGCGGAGUACACCACGACAGAGUACUUCACGGCAGGGGUUGAAGAUGCAGCUAGUGGUGGAACGGGAAUAAACAAUGGUUUACCGAACCAAACGCAAACCAUCUCGUCGCAAUCCUACCAAGGCAGCCCAAGUUCAUCUUCAUCGACUGGAUUGCCAUCUUUUAGUUCCAGCAACUCCAAUCACUCCAGCUCCUCUGUGCAUCUUGCGACAACCAGUUGGGUUACCCACGUGACCAAAACACCGUGCAAUCCUUUUCAGCGCGUCUUCGAGAUGAAGUGGGAAAAAGAGACUCUGCUGGGGAAGCACGCCUGGAGCGAAGUGGUACUCAAGCAUUGUUUUCGCUUUAUUUUUAGUUAUGUAAGGCCGUCGUGGUUUUUUCUGGACCGUACGAACUGUCGCGGCAUGGAUUUUGCCUCGUCUGUGGGAUCGGAUCGCCUCACUUUAUUUUCGCUCCUACAACGCGACGAGCACCGUCGAUGAAGAAAACAAAGAACUCUUUGCUCCAACGACCACACAACUACAGAUUCUCGGUUCGCUCCAAAGUGCCAUCAGAGCGGGGAUUGGCUACUGCCAGAAGCACGAGCCGGUUGGGUAUUUUCCGCUUGUCAAUUUGAACAAGCUAGAGAUCAAGUUGAACGCGACGGCUACCGAGCUCCGUUUUUCCGGACAAGUGGGGAUGCCUUUUCUGACUGGUGGCCAGGGCGAAGAGGAGUGCUUCGAGAAGGUGUUUCUCCGAAAUGUGUGGAAAAUGGCUAUGUCGGGCAUGGAAAACUUCCUCCUGCGGCAGCCGCGGAAGAAGCAGUGUUUGAGCAUGUAUUCCGCGAUCGAAAAAGUCGCGGAUUUGGUCGGGUUGAACAAGACGGCAUUGGAAGUGAAAUUCAAGUCAGGCAGCACCUCCGCGGCCGGCGAUCUCAACGUGUGUCUGGAAAACGCAGGGUUCCACGCGGAGAUGCCACCUUUGUUCGUCGCAGAUCACAAUAGAAGCGAGAAUGCUGAUGAAAGCGGUUCGGCGGGAAACGGCACGAUACGCUUGUACUUGAGUAAAAGCGCCGCUCUUGCAGGAGGAGGCGCUAGUAGUUUGAAAGUGUCAAAUCAGACAGGUAGUAUUGCUCGUCCUUACGAACUGAACGAAACCCGCGAUGCGCUGACCGGGUUGAAGUAUGUGGGGCCGAUACGAAAUUUCCCCCGUGGAAUCGACAUGAGCCGCUUCCUGCUAACGGGGAAAACUGUUCCUCAUUGCAGCGACUGUGCAGAGAACUUUUACAGUACGACCAGCACUAGCACGACGACGACAACAACAGUCACUUACACCUCAGCAGAAAAGGACGAAAUAAACUCCGGCACAAAAAUGGAGAGUGUGCAGGGCGCGAUCCGUCUGAGUCUGGAUGUGUCCGGCAGUUCUGAGACCGUCGAGACAAUAAGCGAAGGCGCGGAUUUCCAAGCUGCGCUCGAAGAGGCUAUCGCAAAAAGUUUUACUGUCGCGGUAGAAACAACGGACGUAGAGUUGCGCGCGCUCACAGCCGAAUCUUCAUCCCCAAUGAGUUUGAGUGGCAGCAGCGCUGCGGCGUCAGCGCUCGUAGAGGAAAGCGGUGCCGUUCUUGCUAGCGAUCGUCCCAGGUCAUGGGAAAAUGAAGCGGUAGCUGUUGAUAAGGAUAUGGACGUGCUGGAGUCAACAUUUGCGCGGGGCCAGGAAGCUCAACGAUCCGAAGGGAAAAGAAAACCGGUGCUGCUGCGGGAAGAAAAAAAGCACCACAGGAGCUCUGAUGUUUUACCGUUUGAGCCUGGAAGUGGCCGAGAUGGCCGAGCCCGCGCGCGCCGGGUAACGAGUCUAGCAGAACAACUACAGGAAGCGCAACAAGAAAGCGGCGAGGGCGCAGCAGCGACACGGCGAAGCAGAGCGAUCGGCUCAGUUGAGAUCCAGUACUCGGUUUUUUGCAAUCCUGCAGACAAAAACGCAGUAGAGCAGGACAUCACCGCUUCAACGUUUCCUGGAGACUUGCACACUAACUUGGUAGCGGGUUUGAGCACGCACGGGGUGUCGGGGAUAAAUUUGAUGGCCGUAACUACUGCUCCCGUGGUCACCGGCACUCCAAGUGUGGGAGCAAAACUGACUCCGGUUGACGAAGAAAGUAUUCAUCGUGCGUACAAGUUUAGUGUAGUCGUUAUUUUCUGUGCGUUUUUUUUUUCGUGUCAUUGAUAUUGAUGAUCAUGAUGGAUAGUACAGACACAGCGAUUUCAAAGAAGAAUCCAUUCCGCAAUACACAAUUACAGGCACCCUUCCGCCCCACACGACCGUACCCAUCGAGGCACAGGUGAAGAAGAAGAAGGCCAAAGCGAUCGCGAAGGAACACGGCGGCGACAUGAUUUUUAUCGGGAUCUGCGCUGUCAUCAUUAUCGUAAUCUGCUGCAUCAGCCUGAUGAGGCCGAAGCAAGCCGUCGAUGGUGAGGACGGUGAUGUUGCACCCUCCCUCGAGGAGGAGAACUUGCUGGACGGUGCAACGAGCCCGGAGCAUGAGGAGCACAAAAGUACCUACCACUUGGAUAGCGACGUGGCGCAGUCACCGCAGGAAGGAGAGGAGGCAGAAGCGGAUGGCGGAGGCGACGAAGUGGUCGAAGGGUGAGCAUAUGUUAUGCCGUUUUAUUGAAUACCAGGAGCAGCAGCUGCAAUUUUCUUAUCCUUGAGAACACAGUUACAUUCCGAAAACAAGGAAACUAGCUUUGAGAAUGGAGCUUAGUUCGACCACG